ACUGUGCAUCUUGGCAACAACGGCCCUGUGUGCCUUGGGCUGACACGUGUCUUUGUGGUCAUACAAAACUGGAAGCAGUUAAAUUUUACAGUGAGAUACAGCACAGAAAAAAAUGGAAGAAUUCAACGAACUUCCCAAGAUUUCUCUAGGGGCGAGAUUAUUAAAGGCACAAAUGAUAUUCCCGUGAGCAGGUUUUCACUUUGCCAUGUUCUAAUGCCAUUUAAAGUCACCUCUGCCUCCCAGGAAUCAUUUACAGCAUGGACAAGGAAAGGCUUCAAGAUGAGCUGCGCAUUUUUAGAGACAGGAACUUCCUCCGGCAGAAGCUGAGAUCCUCCCUCACAGUCUACGUGCUGCUGGCGCUUUCUUACCUGCUGAUCCUCAUCCUGUUUGCGGUGUCACUCUCCAGAGUUUCAGUGCUCUCUUCACAACUUAAUGAAAUGCGCAAUGAGCUGAAACGGAAUAAUUCCAGCAACGAUUUCAAAUUGUUCCCGUGCGGACCUGAGGCCCGGGAAUGGGAAUACUUCAGCGGGAAAUGUUACUACUUCUCCUUGCGUGAGACAUCUUGGCAGAGGGCGAAGGUGCUGUGCGAGGAGGUGCAUUCGCGCCUGGCCAUCAUUAACAGCCAUGCCCAGCAGAAUUUUAUCAUGUACAGGACACGCAACCAGCGCUUCUGGAUUGGUCUCUCAGACAAGAACUCAGAAGGGGAGUGGAAAUGGAUUGAUGGGAGCAACUCCACAACCGGUUUCACGUACUGGAAAGAGGGGGAGCCCAACAACAGCGGCCAGAACGAGGACUGUGCGCACGUCUGGACCUACGGGGAGUGGAACGACGUGGAUUGCACAUACAAGUGCUACUACAUCUGUGAAAAGCCUGCACCUCGUCUGUGAGCAGAGACCGGACCAAAGCCACCUCCCAGCCACACUGCCUGGACCUGCAGGUCAAUGCAGAGAGCCAGCGCUGCCUCCUGGUGGUGACAGAGAUACAAGCCAAGGUCCGGUACUUUGAGGCUGUAAAAAUCAUACUAAUCUUUUUAUCCCCCGCC